AUGGCUGCGCUUGAAGCUGCAUACUUAGAUUUUCUUGCCGGCAUCGCUGAGCUGGAGGCAUUGGCUGUGGUGGCGAGAAAUGACAACACCCGCUGGAGGGGCCAGGAGAGACAGGGAGGAAUCAUCGACCUAGAUAUCAUUGAGGGCGAUGCCUGGCUCACCUACUUCGGAUUCACGCAUGAGGAGGUGUUGAAUCUAGUAGCCUGUCUGCAGAUACCAGACCCUGUCAGAAGCGAGAAUAGUAUUUUGGAGGACAGUUUGACGGCACUUUGCAUGCUGCUGGCCCGUUUCGCAUGGCCUAACAGGCUCUCAGACCUACAACUCCAGUUCGGCUGGAAGCCAGAGAGGGUUUCGCGUACCGUCAAUACUCUAUUGGGUAUAAUACAUAAUGGGUGGAAACAUCUAUUGGUUUUUGAUGAGCAAUGCCUGACACCUGAGAGACUGGCUGCGUACACAGUAGCCAUUGCCAGAAUAGAUGCACCACUUGAGAGCUGUAUCGGAUUUAUUGACGGGUAG